GUCAUGUCGUCCAUGAGAUGAAUCUUCAGUUAUAUAUUAUCGGAUUGGAAUAUUGGUUUACAUUAUAAAAACAUAGAAAUAGAAGAAAAUUCAAUCACUUAAUAACAUGUCUGAUAAUGAUGAUGAUUAUAUGUGCGAGGAAGAGGAGGACUAUGGUUUGGAAUAUUCAGAAGACAGUAACUCAGAACCGGAUGUGGACCUGGAGAACCAGUACUACAACAGCAAGGCUCUGAAGGAAGACGAGCCGCAGGCCGCUCUUGUCAGCUUCCAGAAGGUUCUGGAGCUCGAGGGUGGGGACAAGGGAGAAUGGGGGUUCAAAGCACUCAAGCAGAUGAUAAAGAUUAAUUUUAAAUUAGGUAAUUUCACAGAAAUGAUGGUGCGGUACAAACAACUACUCACAUAUAUAAAGAGUGCAGUGACGAGGAAUCACUCGGAAAAAUCCAUCAAUUCCAUAUUAGACUAUAUCUCCACAUCUAGAAAUACGUUUCAGAUGGAGCUCCUUCAGGACUUCUACGAGACCACGUUGGAAGCCCUAAAAGACGCCAAGAACGAUAGGCUGUGGUUCAAGACCAAUACGAAGCUAGGGAAGUUGUACUACGACCGGGGGGACUUCAACAAACUGGCUAAAAUACUCAAACAGCUUCAUCAAAGUUGCCAGACAGACGAAGGCGAAGACGACCUGAAGAAAGGCACGCAGCUUCUAGAGAUCUACGCGCUGGAGAUUCAGAUGUACACCGCGCAGAAAAACAACAAGAAAUUGAAGGCGUUGUAUGAACAGUCCCUGCACAUAAAGUCCGCUAUACCGCAUCCUCUUAUUAUGGGCGUUAUUAGAGAAUGCGGCGGUAAAAUGCAUUUGCGCGAGGGCGAGUUCGAGAAGGCGCACACAGAUUUCUUCGAGGCCUUCAAGAACUACGACGAGUCCGGGUCCCCGCGCAGGACCACCUGCCUCAAGUACCUGGUGCUGGCCAACAUGUUGAUGAAGUCGGGCAUCAACCCGUUCGACUCGCAGGAGGCGAAGCCCUACAAGAACGACCCCGAGAUCCUGGCCAUGACCAACCUGGUCUCCGCCUAUCAGAACAACGACAUCAAUGACUUCGAGUCCAUACUCAAGCAUAAUAGAAACAACAUAAUGGACGACCCGUUCAUCCGGGAGCACAUAGAAGACUUGCUGCGGAACAUCCGCACCCAGGUGCUGAUCAAACUGAUCGGGCCCUACACCCGGAUCCACAUCCCCUUCAUAUCCAAGGAGCUCAACAUUGAUGAGAAGGAAGUAGAGAAUCUGUUGGUCACGUGUAUUUUGGACAACACGAUCAGCGGUCGCAUCGACCAGGUGAACUCAGUGCUGGAGCUGUCGCGCGGCUGCGGCGGCGCCGCGCGCUACUCCGCGCUCGACAAGUGGACCGCGCAGCUCGCCGGUCUGCACCACUCGCUCGCCAACAAGAUGGCCUAGCUGUCUCUCUCUCUCUCGGGACGACGGGGAGAAUGGGACAGAAUGAGUAUUCAGGGCUUUGCGUGUCGACUGUGAGAAUGUCACGUCAGAGUUAAACUCAAAAAAAUCUAUUGAGGUUUGGGGAAGGGGCGAAAUGAGGGAAAAAUUAACUCGACAACUAUAAAAUUUUGUAGUUUUUCAAAUCAUAUCAGGAAAAUGUGUUAACAUCUCGAAAACUUUGAACAGGCUUUAUAGUUUCCGAAUCAUAACUGUCACUCUUCCCCGUCGUAACUCUCACACCAUCUGACCCCAAAUUUUGAAAAUGUAACUUUGAUUUGUGGUCCUAUUUUAGGGCGAAACCACACGCACAUAGAUGGAGUCAAAAGUUUUCGGUUAAUGAUAUUUAUGUGGCGAUUACUUUGCGUUAGUUUGCAAAUAAAUAUUUUGUCUUUGGCGCCAUCGGUUAAAAUAAGAUAUAUGUUUCUGAAAAUAUCGACGACGCCACAGAACACAAUCUUUAAAAAGCCAAACGUCUUUUUUCUGUCUCUCUUACACAACGGUACUUAAACUAAGCUGUAUUUUCCGCAAAAAAAAAAGAAACUUAGAAACACUCUGAAAUAAUAAGCAAAAUUUGUUAAGUUUGUGCGAGUGAGAAAGAAAAAUAGGCUUAACUGCACCCCAAGAAUUUCCUUAUUUAACACCAUAUGCAUUAUAUAUUCACCUGAACACUAGAGCUACAUGAUUCAUGUCUUUGCAGAUAUUUACGUAACAUGAUAUCAAUCAAUAAAUUAUUUAUCGUCUCAUAAGGUCCUCAAAGUGAGCUCCGCAGAGGCCUAGGCCUCCGAAAAGCAUCUGUUAGAGCUCCAGGAAUAUAUAUUUCAUAUGGUAUCAAUAAGUAUAUUCAUAUUGUUAUCUAUUAGUGUAUAUAGGUACAGUUACGUCACUACAUUCUAAACUGGAAUUAGGGCUCCAUCAAAUGUUAGCUUUCCAAAAGUGACCAUCUUAAAAAAAAGUUUGAGAAACGCUGAAUUAAUUGCUCACAAUCUUAUGUUGUCAUUCUCCAGUGUCCAUAUUAUAUUCCGUACCAGUGUUUAACGGCUGUGUGAAUGUGAAUACUUAGGAAAUGGAUUACAUCUCAGUGAUAUUAAAAUAAUUUUUACAUUCGUAGCAUGUGAACCGAGUCCUGCUCUAUUCUUCGCUAUUUGGAAGCGUGAAAUAGUAUUGAAAAUGUUCUCAACAGGAACGAAUACAGAAUGAAUGAUUUUUUUUUUCUAACAUUUCCUAUGUCUGUUGUUAAGUUUCAAAGAAGCGACGGACUCCAUUACUAAAAAAAAAUGGUUGCCUGUAAAGUCGGUUUUACGGGCGAAGAUUUUACGUGACAACGUCUUUUUCUCGGUAGAAUAUACGAACGAGAGAGAGGCCCGCCGAAUGCCUUGCGUCUCUCUCCCACGGUGACUCAUCGUAACGUUACCGGGCGUUACACUUUUUCAUAAGUGACUCCCAGCCGCAACCUAACUUAAGACGUUGUCACGUCAAAAAUUACUAUACCUAUUACUUAUAGGUAUGUAUUAUGUCCCUCUUUGUCAAUAUUGUUAAUCAUAUGAAUAAGAAGGGAAUGGUGUGUAACAUACAAUUAUUCUUUUGUGGGUCGAUCAGCUACAAUUACGCCAUUGUGUUGACUAUAAAGACCUCUAGUCCUUUACACUUUCUGCAAUAGAAGUUUAACUUAAAAAUAUUACUGUUUGAGGAAAGAGCAUCCUUCACAGUCCAAUGGUUACUAAUUAAGUAAUGCUUAAGUAUUUACUUCUGUCUAAUAUGUAAUUCCUGUUGGGAUGUUUAUCGUAACUGUGAUAAAAUGCGAUAAACAAUAUUUUAAUAUUUUUACUCACCGAUUGGAAGUGUAACAAUAAAUGUAUUAACGUAAAAACAAUAUUGUAAAAUAUUACCAAGUUGGUUAGAUUAUGUAGAAGUUAACUAAAAGAGGUAACUUCAAAAAACAAGAAAUACAUUAAUGAAUUUGG